AGCUUGAGUCAAUAGUGCUGCUAAAUUUCAAACUUUUCAAGCUUUUGUGCCCGAAAAUUUACAAAAUCCGAUAAGAAACUCAGAUCGGAUAAGAUACUAAGUUUGAUUCCAAUUAUCGAUCAGAUUAUUAAUCUUUAUUAUUAAUUUAUUAACAAUGAGCAGCUCUACACCAGCUUACUACAAUGCGGAUGCAGUGCGUCAGGUUCUCAGCUGGCCGCUGGUCAAUAGAGCAGUGGAAACAGCACUUGUAGCUAUAGUUAAGCAGGAUGCGGAAACCCAUCCGCAAUCUACAUCCUUUGCCUGCCAACCGAAGAGGAGUUUCACCGCUUGCGGCAAGGAACCAGGAAGGAUUCUGUUCACCAUGCCCGCCUAUGUGGGCAACUACAGCCUGGAAUCGCCAAAAUCUCCUGGGGAUGCCCAGCAGUCUCGCUCCACACUAGCCUGCAAGUUGGUGACCUCGUUCCGUGAGAAUCCCGCUCGGGAUCCCCCACUGCCCAGCAUCCAUGCCCAUGUGUUGCUGUUCGACAAUCAAACUGGUCAACUGUCGGCCAUAAUGGAGGGCACCGACUUGACCACCUGGCGCACUGUGUCCGCUUCACUGGUGGCCACCAAGUAUCUGUACUUCAGGCGCUUUGGGUCGCAGGCGGAGCUGGAAAGGUCCAUCAACGUGGCCAUCGUGGGCUGUGGAGUCCAGGGGCAGCUCCAUGCCGCCGCCUUUUGCGCUAACUUCCGGGUGAAGCAGCUCAAUCUGUACAAUCGCACGCUGGCAAAGGCUCAGGUUUUGGCGGACGAACUGCAGCGAACAUUGGACACCGAAAGCGAAACCCAGGUUAAAGCUUGCUCAAGUGCUCACGAAGCUUGCCAGGAUGCCGAUGUCAUCUGCAUUGCCACGUACGCCAAGGAGUCGGUCAUCCAGUUUGCGGAUCUGAAAGCCAAACAGGGUGUUCAUAUUAAUGCUGUGGGAGCCGGCGAAGUUCACUUUUCGGAGCUGGCUCCAGACAUUUACCACCAGGCCAAGGUCUACGUGGAUUGCUAUACCAAUGCCGAGGCUGAAUUGGUGGGGCUACCUGCUCCGAUCACCGCUGAAGUGGGACAGAUCAUUCUCAGUGAAAACUACCCCAAGGAGACAGAAAUCACCAUCUUUCAAUCCAUGGGUGCGUUUUUAUUAAGUUUACUUAACUAUAUGACUAUCUCUGUCUUUUUCAAAGUUAUACUCAAAUUCACUUCACAUUGUUUCUACUUAAGGCAUGGCCUCGGAGGACGCCUGUGUGGCCCAGGCGGUUCAUGAUUGCAUUCUCUCUGGCGCAAAAGAUUCCUGAUUGCUGGCCAGCUGGCAAAUCAGAUCCGGAACCAGCCCAAGCCAAACCACUGAAUUCUUCAACUUGUACGUGUAUAUGUGUGUAUAUAAAAAAGCUAUUGGAAACAUAA